ACACUUUCCCGGACUCUCAUCAUCACUGCACUUGGGGCUAUUUUGCAUGUUUUUUCAACUUCGCUUCUAGGAAUAACAGCAAUCACCAUAUCAAACACCAUUGCCGGGGAGGAAACUGUGCAUAAACUUGCAUCUCUGUUGCUCAUAGUUCUUGGUGGGAGUUAUGCCAUCUUGUUCUUCACAGGAAAGGGUGGCAGUCAUACCCAUUCACACAACCAACCCAUGGAAAAAAUGGCUGUUGCAGGGCUUGUUCUCGUGCCAGCUUUGUCUCCUUGUGCAACCACUCUGCCCGUUUUUCUUGCUGUUGGGAAUUCAUCUUCCAUGCUGGUGCUUGCCAUUAUAGUUCUUCUAUUCAGGGCCAAUCGAGGCUUUUGGUUAACAGUUCAGGGUCAUUUUUUGGGGGCAUCUGGUCAUUUUUCUUGGCUUAAUUACCGAGAAAAGGCAAUUCUCCCGCCAUAGACAAGAUUUUAAAUCUGUUUCAAUGUACAGCACCAUGACGGUAAUGACCUCGCUGGUUGCGCUGUCAUUUUACGGUGCGAGCCAGCUCAAGUUUCAUUGGGUGGAGCGCUAUGACAAGCUCCUCGUAGGUUCGGUCCUAUGUGUGGUUGGAAUUUUAACUCUCAUCUUUCAUGAUCACAAUCACGGUGGAGAUGCAGCGACUUUGGCUGCAGACAAUCUGCAUAGAAAACUAAUUGUGUUGUGAGAUUGAUUAUAUCCUAUUUACUUCUUGUUUGCUAGUACUAAACAUGUCAGAGUGCAGCUCAACCAACAGCCCAACAGUAAUGGUAUGUUCAUAAUGUAAAACUACCCCCAUCUUUUUUGUUUGUUUUAUUACUUUUUCAAUCUAAAUACGGAGUACAAAACCAAUGACGGGCGAGCUUGGUACUGUGGUACAUCAACAUUAAAAUAAUGUCAUAUUGUGAAUAAAAGUGUUGAGUUGUGAUCCGG